UGUUAAACAUUGAGUUUAACAUUGCUUACAAUUGAUUGAUGAUCCAUCAUCAUAAUAUCCAGAUAGACAAUUACAUGUUUUAUUAUAAAAUACUCUAAAUGAAGUACUAACUAUAGGACAUGUUUUGCAAGAGUUAGAUCCUGAUGCAUUGCAAGAUAAACAAGAAUAAUGACAUUAUUUACAAAUUUCAACUCCAUCAUCAUAAUAUCCUUGUAUACAAUUACAUGAUAAUAAACUGCUAUCUAAAAUUCUUUUAGAAACAUCAGAACAGAGUUCACAAUUGGUUGAACUGCCCAUACAUUUAAAACAAGAGUAAUGGCAUUCUAUAAUGAC